AUGGAUAGACAAUCAGUGGUUAAAUCAACAGCUAUACCAUUUCCAUUAAAUUUUGAUAAUGAAAAAUAUGAUGACAUGUAUAAAGCUUACAAUAAAAUUAUGGUACUUGCAAGAGAUUUAAAUGCAUUUAUUGAAACACCAGAAUUUGUAUUUAUUGGUAAAGAUGGUAAUGGUAAAAGUGCAUUAAUUGAAUCAUUUAUUGGAUUUCCAAUGAUGAUUGGUGAAGGUAGUAGUUUAAGACCAUUACAUAUUACUUUAAUGAAUAAUGCAAGAUGUGAAGAACCAAUAGUUACCUUUAAGAGAGAUAGAUCAUUGGAUAGUUAUGAAUUUGAUAGACAAAUUGAAUUGUCAAUGGUAUCGAGUGAAAUUAGUAAAAGAAAUCAAAAGACAUCGAUUCCAAUUGAAAUUACCAUAGAGUAUAGAUAUUAUUUGAAUAUGUUAUUGAUUGAACCACCAUCGGUAUCGAUUCAACCAACAAAUGCAAUUACAAUUCAAGGUCAAUCAAUGACAAGUCCAGCCAAUCAAUUGGCAAAUAAGAUUGCAAAAUUAUCAAUUGGUAAUGAAAUGGGUGAAAUGAUCACUCAAUAUACUAAAUCAAAUAAUCGUACAUUGGUAUUCGUUGAGACAAGCACCAAUGGUGGUACCAAUAGUUCAGAGAUGUUAGAAUUGGCAAAGAAAUUAGAUUAUAAAUUGGAUCGUUCAAUCUUUGUUUUCAAUAAAUUCCAUUCUCUUCUAACUGGUGAUCAACCAUUCACCAAUGGUAGAGAUGCCAAUCGUUUCUUGGGUUCACCAUCGAUUGGUGCUCCAACCUUUUUCACAACAUUACCAUCCACUGCUCAAAGAUCUCAAUGUAACUCAAAGGAUCAAUUAAGUCAACUUUGUGAUCAACUUCAACAAACAGAUCUCAACAUCUUGGAGCAAUUACAAUUCGAUAAGAAAUAUGAACGUAAUGUAGGUCUAUCAGCUUUUAGACAUUGGAUAAGUGAAUUCACUUGGAGAAAAUAUUUAGAUUCUGUACCAGAGGUAUUGAAGAGAUUAAAUUCUUUCCGUACAACCUCUGAAGAUCAACUCUAUCAAAUUAGACAACAAUUAGAGAGAACCAAUGCCGUAACAUUACGUCAAAUUGCAAACUCUUACGUAUCAAUAGAGUUUAUUCAAUGCAUUGAAAAAUUGGUCACCCGUACACUCGAAGGUAAUCCAUCAUUAAAUGGUCAAACUUUAGAAGAAGAGAAAUCUCAAGAUGAAACCGGUGAUUGGUAUGAUCACAAUGGUAAACCAAUACUAUUGUUGAACGAUGAAAAAUUGGUCACUUUUUAUGAUAAUAAACUCUAUGGUGGUCAACAAUUUGAAAGAUUAUUAACUGAAUUCAAGUGUAUCACAGAGGUCAUUCAAUUAGAGGAAUUGUCCAUUAGUGAGGUAGCUUGCGCCAUUGGUUCAAAUCGUCCAUCCAAUGCUUCUGUAAUCGCUUGGGCUGCUUCUGAUUUAGCUCAAAAGAAGAUCAAAGAAGCUUUAUUACCAUUGGUUGAUCAACUAUUCAAGAGAGCCACUUAUAUUUUACGUCGUUUAGUUGAUAUUGUAGAUCGUAUGAUUGAAAAUAAAAAGAAGUCAUCUUUCCGUCGUCAUGGUAAUAGUACAAGUUUAUUCCAAGAUAAUAGUUCACCAUCAUCCCAAUCACAAUCACAAUCAUCUUCAAUCUCUCAAUCUGCCUCUCUAUCAUCUGAGAAUAUGAUCUAUGGUAUUCAAUCAAUCAAUGGUUCUGAUAGUGUUUCUCGUCCAUCCCAUGAGAAUACUAUCGUCAAUGUCGAAGAUCAUCCAUACUUUAUCUACAGUGUAAAAGAAAUGUACUUUAAGUAUGUCGAUCAAAUUGCUGCUGACUGUAAAAAUAAAUGUAUGGAUGAAUUCUAUACAACUCGUUUAAUCUAUUGGGAUCUUCAAUCGAAUAAAGAUUUAAAGAAAUUCUGUACUGAUUCACCUUGUGUUUCAUUAAAUAAUAGUUUAAAUAAUAAUAAUAAAUCAACUACUCCAGGUAAUAAUAAUAAUAAUAAUAAUAAUAAUAGUAACAACAAUUAUAAUAAUAGCAAUCAUAUUUUAAAUCCAAAAGAAACUCAUACAAUGGUAACUGAAUUAGCUUCAAAAUUAUUCCAAGAUAUUCGUAAUAGAAUGUCAAAGAAUAUUAUGUUAAAAUGUUAUAACUACUUUUUAAUUCCAAUGCAAAUGGAUCUUAAAUUAAACAUUCAAGAUAAUAUUACAAAAUUAUCCGAUGCCAUGUUAGAGGAAAUCUUUGAAAUUCAAACAACUAAAGAAAGAUUACGUGAAGAUGAACAACAUUUAGCUCAAAUUUGUAAUCAAUUCAUUCAACAAGAAGAAAAUUAUAAAAAGUAUUCUCAAUCUUUCUCUCAUCCUUUCCCAAGUGCUGUUAGAAAUUAA